UAAACGUACGCCAAACUAACUAAGAGAUGGUUCGCAACUAAAGAAAAAUUUGUGCCGCUUCCCAUCUAUAUAUAUUGGAGUACACAUGGCCAUUGGGAAUAAAGAAGUGUGUCGUGUCAACUGGGAACGGCAUAUAUGCUGCCUGUUGUGCCACACAGAAUGGUUAUCGAUGGCAAUAGAGAUGGAAUGGUGAUCGACCGCGAUCUGAUCGAUAGUGAUGAAGAUGGAAUGGUGAUCGACAGCGAUGGAGGUGGGAUGGUGAUUGAAGGCGAUGAAGAUGGAACGGUGAUCGAAUCCGAUGGAGAUGGAGAAGAUUUCCCCCAAGUUUUUAAAAAAUUCAUGACCACAGGACUAUCCUGGAUGCAGGGCAAGGAUUAUUCUGGAGCCCCUUUCUGGGUUCUUUGGAGCCCAGAUGAUACUACCACAUUCAACACUUUCUAUUCUUCAGAGGACGGUAGGGAGUUGAAAAAGAGAAUCAUACUUGCACUUCAAAAGAUGAUGUGGAAUCCCCUUUAUGUUUCAGUUCUGGUUCAGUUUUGGGCACCUGUAACAAUUGAGGGCCGGAGUUUGCUUACUGCUAGAAACCAACCUUUUGCUCUGAACAAGGAUGAUGAUCAAGAACUGUGAAGGUAUAGAAUGAUCUCCGAGGAGUAUGCCAAAUAUUACGUGGAUCAGCAAAGUAGUAACGAAGAAAAAGACACCCUUGGGCUUGUUGACAGCGCAUUCCUGAGUAAAUUCACUUCGAAUAAUUAUUACAGUAGCAGCUGCAGCUGCCAAGACUGUCGACGUGCUUCCUAUUGUUGUGUUAAGCAAUCUUUGGCUGUGCCAAAUUUUGAACCUUCUGGCCAGAGAUGUGUUGGUGUAAUUGAAGUGGUAAUUAUUGAUGACAACGAGGAGGAUGAUGACGACCAUGGGGAGCCAAUUGAAAAUUUUGAUCUUGAUUUUGCCAUUAAUGCUUUGCAGGAAGUAGGUCUGAAAGUUGCUGCUGAAGGUGUCCUACGUAAGAUAUUUGAUCUUCCUUCGCUACGGUGCUUGAUGUAUGAUGGUUAACCCCAACCACGCUACAGGGAGAUGCUAAAGGCGAAUAUCGUGACUGUGGAAGUAAAAUGUAUAAACUAUAUGACAAUAAAGUUUGACCUGACUUUUCCAUGGAGAUGGGCAGAGUUGCAGCAGCAAGUGGCCAAGAGAUUGAACCUAGAGGGUGGAACUUAUCGUAUCAUGUACAGAGAUGGAGACCAUGACUUGAUUUCAAUAAGAGACGAUGAGGCCAUAGGGAUGUGUAUAGACACUUACAAAUGGUUUGGCAGCACUUCCAUCGUUGUAUUGCUUCUGCCGCCGCUCAUGAGGUCCCAGUGACUGAUUGGAAUCUUGCUGCUCAUUAAAUGUUUAGUAAUCUAUUUAAAAAAAAAUCCCUUUAUAUUUAUUGCUAAAGUUUUAAGGUAUUUUCCCUGAGAACAAGUGUUUCUAUAUAUAUAGAUAGACUAGAAGACAUCAUCUCAGCAAUUUAGCAUUGAACUCUUGUUGGGAUGUUAUCUGGUUGUAUUGUGUUUGGAGUUGCUGGCUUACCAAAUUUUUGUGUAAAUUAUUCUGAGAUGAAUUGGUGGUCUGUCAAGUUUGACAAUGAUGCAUGUCUUGCUCACAUGAGGAGCUUCCAAUUUCCAUAGAAAAUAAGCCUCUUGGGGC